AUGACUGGAGUCUUUGACAGUCUGGUGGCUGAUAUGCACUCGACCCAGAUUACGGCCUCCAGCACGUACCACCAGCACCAGCAGCCCCCAAGCAGUGGUGGCGCUGGCCCGGGCAGCAGCAACGUCAGCAGCCUCCACAAGCCUCAGGAGUCGCCGACCCUGCCGGUGUCCACAGCCACCGACAGCAGCUACUACACCAACCAGCAGCACCCGGCGGGCGGAGGCGGCGGUGGGGGGUCGCCCUACGCGCACAUGGGUUCCUACCAGUACCACGCCAGCGGCCUCAACAACGUCCCUUAUUCCGCCAAGAGUGGCUACGACCUGGGGUACACCGCCGCCUACACCUCCUACGCGCCCUAUGGGACCAGUUCGUCUCCGGCCAACAACGAACCUGAGAAAGAGGACCUCGAGCCUGAAAUUCGGAUAGUGAACGGCAAGCCAAAGAAAGUCCGGAAACCCCGCACCAUCUACUCCAGUUUCCAGCUGGCGGCUCUUCAGCGGCGUUUCCAAAAGACUCAAUACCUGGCACUGCCCGAGCGAGCAGAGCUGGCCGCGUCUCUGGGCCUCACCCAGACUCAGGUCAAAAUCUGGUUCCAGAACCGCCGAUCCAAGUUCAAGAAGAUGUGGAAGAGCGGGGAGAUCCCCUCGGAGCAGCACCCUGGGGCCAGCGCCUCGCCACCUUGUGCUUCGCCGCCCGUCUCGGCGCCGGCCUCCUGGGACUUCGGCGCGCCUCCGCGGAUGGGGGGCGGCGGCGGCGGCCCGGGCAGCGGAGGCAGCGGCGCGGGCAGCUCGGGCUCCAGCCCGAGCAGUGCGGCCUCGGCUUUCCUGGGCAACUAUCCGUGGUACCACCAGGCCUCGGGCUCCGCCUCACAUCUACAGGCCGCAGCUCCGUUGCUGCACCCGACGCAGACCCCGCAGCCACACCACCACCACCAUCACCACCACGGCGGCGGGGGCGCCCCGGUGAGCGCCGGUACGAUUUUCUAA